AUGAGUCUGGAGACGGACUCUCAUACCGUGGCCGCCGAUCCUGUCGGCGCCCCGGCAGUGCCGGUGGCUAUCCCAUCGCCUACCAUCGACUUCUCGGCCCCGCCUACCCAGCCUGCGCCGUCGGCUACUGUCGCUCCGCUCCCCGUGGCCGUGGCCCCGUCCGCCCCCGUCGCUGCACCUCUCGCCACCCCUCCCCAGCCCCAGCCCACAAACCGGGUCGGAGAGGGCAGGCUGCAGAUUGUCAAUGAGCAGCAGGAGUUUACUACCAAGCUCUCGGCUUCGCUGGACAAGUGGGGGAUGCUCGACAAGGGCUUUGCGUACGACGUCGUGUCCGUGUUCGGAUCGCAGUCUACGGGCAAGUCGACCCUCCUGAACCGUCUGUUUGGCACGUCGUUUGAUGUCAUGGACGAGUCCAAGCGCCAACAGACCACAAAGGGUAUUUGGAUGUGUCCCUCCGCCUACUCUUCGACGCUGGUCAUGGAUGUGGAGGGUACCGACGGCCGCGAGCGCGGCGAGGACCAGGACUUUGAGCGUAAGAGCGCCUUGUUCUCGCUUGCCAGUACCGAGGUCCUCAUUGUCAACCUCUGGGAGCAUCAGAUUGGUCUCUACCAAGGUGCCAACAUGGGCUUGCUCAAGACCGUGUUCGAGGUCAACCUCGGCUUAUUCGGUGGCGACGGCAACUCGACGCAGGGCAGGACCAAGGAGAAGACGCUCAUCCUGUUUGUGAUUCGUGACCACGUCGGAGCCACGCCCAUCGAGAACCUCACCGCAACUCUGACUGCCGACAUGGAGAAGAUCUGGCACACGCUCUCCAAGCCUGCCCACCUGUCUGACACACGCCUGACCGACUACUUUGACCUGUCGUUUGCUGCUCUCCCGCACAAGAUCCUCAUGCCCGAAAAGUUCGAGCAGGCCGUCGUCGACCUUCGCAGGCGCUUCACCGACCGGACGCGCUCCGACUAUGUCUUCCAGCCCGCAUACCACAAGCGUAUCCCCGCGGACGGUGUCAGCUUCUACAUGGACGGGAUCUGGCAACAGGUCCUGACCAACAAGGACCUCGACCUCCCGACCCAGCAGGAGCUCCUCGCCCAGUUCCGCUGCGACGAGAUUGCCACCGCUGUCACCGAGACGUUCACGCUGAAUGCCAAGGGUGUGCGGAAGCCCAUCGAGGCGGGCACCAUCGUGGACGGCCUCGGCAGCCUCAUGGAACAGUGGCUCGCAGCUGCUACCACCACCUUUGACACUGCCGCCUCGCGCUAUCACCAGGGUGUGUACCAGCGCAAGCGCCUCGACCUCCUCACCAACCUCCACACCUCCAUCUCCCCACUCCACCUCGGCCAGUUGAAGAAUGCUCACAAGGCCACCAUUGCCAAGUUUGUCGCCGACAUUGCCGCUGCUCUCAAGGGACCCUCGUACGACUUUGCCCAGGUCGUGACCCGCUGCACUGCGGAGGCCCGUGACGGUUUCCUGGCCAUUGCCAAGGAGGUGACUAUUCCCGGCACAGAAUGGGAGUACCAGCACGAGCUGGAGCUCCUUGACGAUGACCUGAAGCUCGUUGCCGACCGGUCGCGUGCGGACGAGACCAAGAAGAUGGUCAACGGCAUUGAGCGUACUGUCAAGAAGGGUAUCAACGAGCCCGUCGAGCUCGCACUCAGCAAGCCGUCGACGGACAUGUGGGACUCUGUUCUCAAGACAUACCGCGAUGUGACCAAAUCGUCACAGACGACGUACCUCGCCAAGGCCACGAGCUACAACUGCACGACCGACGAGAACGAGUCUGCGCUCAAGACGCUUGCGCUGCGCUCAUGGCUUGCCCUCCGCAAAAAGCUCGAGGAGCAGACUGCCGACACUGUCGUGCUGUCGACUCUGCGAGGCAGCUUUGAGGAGCGGUUCCGUUACGACGACCAAGGGGUGCCGCGCGUGUGGAAGCCCGAGGAUGACCUGGACGGCGCGUUCAAAAAGGCCCGCGACGAUACCCUCACCCUCCUCCCCAUCUUUGCGACUGUCAAGCCCGUCGACAGCGACCUCCUCCCGCCCCUCCCUUCCCCUGACCCCGACUAUGACGUCGAGGAGGACUCGCUCGACCCCUCGACGGCCUUCACGCUCGUGACGCCCACGCGCCUCAACUCGCUCGAGACACGGUUCAAGCGCGAGGCCGACGCAGCCUACGUCGAGGCCAAGCGCUCCAUGGUGUCCUCGGUCGCCCAGAUCCCGAUGUGGAUCUACGGUCUCCUCGUCGCGCUGGGAUGGAACGAGGCCAUGGCCGUCCUCUUCAACCCCCUGUACUUUGCCCUGCUCGUCGUGGCCGCCGCGUCCGCAUACAUCAUCUUGCAACUCGGUCUCGCCGGCCCCCUGCUCCAAGUGACGCGCACGGUCCUGAGCGAGAUCCGCAGGAUAGCCACCGAAAAGCUCCGCGAGGCGUUCGCCGAGCCCGCCGCCGUCGGUGCCGCGCCAUCCAGGCGUCUCGUGGACCCCAUGCCGGCGACCCAGGCCCGCGGCGAGCGCCGCCGCGCUGGCAGCGACCACGAGCUCAACGACAUGAGCCUCACGGACGAGGCCAGGCGGCGCGGCGACCUCGUCGCCGGCGAGAUGUUUGAGAAGUAG